AUAUGGCGGACUUUACAGUAGCUAACAGUAGGGACACGGGCAGGACAGCGAUGGGCCACAGCCGAUAUUUAUCACAAACAAAUCAAACUAACACCCAGACUCAGUCGCUAGAGAUGGAUAAACGAUAGUUGCCGUGCUUAAAGCUGCUUUACGGUGUAUCUGUUUGUAGGUUUUAAGUAAAAAGCGGUAGAGUUACGCUAACUUAGCUGAAUUGUUCUUCCAGGGGGAGGAAGUUUGCUGCGGCGAAGGAAACAAUAUAGGAUACCGGGGAGGGCCGAGCUGUCCGGACAUGGAGGACUCCGGGUCGGCCCUGGAGAAAAAUGUCGCCGACCUCACGGUCAUGGACGUGUACGACAUCGCAGCGGUAGUGGGCCAGGAGUUUGAGCGGAUCAUAGACCAGUAUGGCUGCGAGGCUCUUUCCAGACUGAUGCCCAAAGUGGUGCGGGUGUUGGAGAUCCUGGAGGUGAUGGUGAGCCGCAACUGCAUCAGCCCGGAGACGGAGGAGCUGCGGCUGGAGCUGGACAAGCUGCGGCUGGAGAGGAUGGACCGGCAGGAGAAGGAGAAGAAGCACCGAAAGGAGCUGGAGCUGGUGGAGGACGUGUGGAGAGGAGAAGCUCAGGACCUGCUCACUCAGAUCGCUCAGCUGCAGGAGGAGAACCAGUCCCUCCUCACCAACAUGUCUAACAAAGACCCCAUGAGUGAGGAGGACCUGCAGAGGCAUGAGGGUAUGACGGAGAGGGAGAGGCAGGUGAUGAAGAAACUCAAAGAGGUGGUGGACAAGCAGAGAGACGAGAUCCGAGCCAAGGACCGAGAGCUCACACUGAAGAAUGAGGACAUAGAAGCACUCCAGCAACAGCAGUCCCGCCUCAUGAAAAUCAACCACGACCUGCGCCAUAAAAUCUCCGUGGUGGAGGCUCAGGGGAAAGCACUGAUAGAGCAGAAGGUGGAGCUGGAGGCUGGGGCUCAGGCGCGGGGACAGGAAGUUGGAGCCCUUCGGCAGGAAGUGACACGUUUAAGGGAACGACUUCAAGGAGAACUGCCAGCUCAGAAUCCUGAGGAAACACCACCUCAGCCCGCGUCACCAGCAGAGCGUGGUGGAGCUGCUACAGUGGUGGUGGGGGCAGAGGGCUGGUCAGACAGAGCUGCCCCCUCUGAGCUCUUGUUGGGGGGCUUUGACUCUCCCCUGCCCCCCCUGUAUGGCUCCCUCAGCCCAGAGGGUCACGAGGAAGGGGAUGAGGAGGACGAGGCAGUGUUGCUUUGGGAGGCGAUGUGCGAUGAGGACAUGCCUGCUGUGUUCCAAUAUUUUACAAAGGAGGCGCUGUGUGAGGACGAGACGGGAGGUUUGGACCCAAAGGACCCUAACAGGCCCCGGUUUACCCUGCAGGAGCUGAGGGAUGUCCUCCACGAGAGGAACGAGCUCAAAGCCAAAGUGUUCCUGCUGCAGGAGGAGCUGGCCUACUACAAAAGUGAGGAGACAGAAGACGAGAUUGUUACUCCUUCUUCGUCUCCUUCUCCUGAACUGAGGAGUCGCUCUUCAGCCCAGCCAGAGUCAGGAAUCAAACGCCUGAUCUUCACAGCCAUAAUGCCGAUGGUGGCGGCUGGUUUGAUCCCAGAUGACCCCACUUUACAGCCAAUCAGACGUCUCAUGUCGCUUGUUUAGUUUCUUCUCCCGUGACAAGCAGCGUAACCUGCAGCGCAGCGGGCAGUUUGACGGCAGCUUCGGGUCAUGGGCGGGGAAGGAGGACGUGUACACAGAACAAGCGCAGGAGGCGUUACAGCACCUGUAGGGACCCGGGACUGGACAAUCCCAAAAACUCUUUACACUCUAUGUCCAUCACCCGAGGCCGGCUUUGAAGCAUAGAUUGCACCAAAACCACGAUCAGUGACCCGCACUGUGACUGAAAGUACCCUGAGCUUGAGGUGAGACACAAAGAAGAUUCAACUUGAAUUAUGAUACAGCUUGGAUAUACAUUUAUUUAAACACCUGGAAAUACUAUAUAUACUGUGUCUCCAUACUGUUAUCUCAAUGAGGGAUGGCACAUACCAACUUUUAGCAUUUUAGAAAUAAUGUCAGUGUUUUACAGAAGCAGAUUUAAGUGAUCCGUAGAGGGUAAACUCAAGUUGUAGGAAGCAGAGUGGAAAGUUGGUUCAAGAUAUGUUGGUGGCUGAAACUUAUGACACAGAUGAAGGCGUGCUGCAUAUUUUCUGUCUAAAAAUCAUGAAUUGAAAUGUUGGAGUGUUUGUACAAUGGCUCAUAAAAACCAUUGUAGGUGAAAACAAAUAACAGGGCCGGGGGAGGGGGGGUAACUCAAAAUUUCGGAUAUUCAAGACGUACAUUUGUACAAUACAACUCAGACAUACUCUGAGAUUGCAAUGUCACAUUUAUUAGAAAAUUAAGUCAAAAUGUUAUGGGGAAAAAAACUUGAAUAUUCUUUAAAAUGAUGAUACAUUUGCUAGAUAAAAUAUAUGCAGCCCCCAUGCAGUACAUUUUCUUUUCUUUUUUUACCUACAAUGACCCUAAUACGCUUUGGUAUACUUAUUAUUUAUGAAACAUGAGGGUUUUAGUGUUUAUUACAAUCCCCAUAGAGUAAAGAAAACGCACAUCACUGCAAUUUUCUCGAAAGGAAAGCACUCCUUUUGUUUUCGAUUAAUUUAUUUGAAUUUUCUCUUCCUUGUUCACCAGAGCAGCUCAUCAGAUCACCAGCACUUUCAGCAGAUUCAAACAAACUGCAGCUCUACAAGCUAAAGAGAGCGGGGCUUUGUGUGUCAAAUGUUGCAUAGAAUCACAAUAUGAAGAUGUGUACAGAAAAUAUAUUUAUAGAGAACACUAACAAGUGCUUUUUCUUUGUAAAAAGCUAUAUUAUUUAGAACAUAUACCAUGCUACAUGCAGUAAAUGCAAGUAUGGAAGCACAUUUCUGCCAAGAAAAGAACGAACUACAUAAAGGGUUUGUUGCGAUAAAUUAAAAUACUCAUGUUGAGUCGAAACAAUAAGAUACUGAGACAAAAUUUAGACUCUAAAUACAGACAUAAAUCUUAUUUUAAUUUUAAACUAUGAUGAUUGUGAAAAUAGUAUUGUGAGUCUGUAUCUCGUAUAUCAAUAUGUUUUGUUUAAUCUUGUUAAAUGUAUUUUUUCUUCUUGUACAGCUGAAACUGGACUUCCAUAAGUAAAUAUACCCUUCUAACUCACAGUAUUAUGAACAGAACAGAAAUGUCUACUCCCAAAUUGUGCCAAGUGCCAAAUCUGUCAUCUGCAUACUAUAUUCAAACAGUUUUAUAACACCAGUUUCCGAUCACCAGCAAAAAGCAGGUUAUAAUAUUUUGACAUCCUCGUGGGUGAUCAAACCACCAGAUGCAGUAAAAAUACAAAAUAAAAUACUGUGCAGAUACCUCAUGGCCUGUAAGCACUUCAGUGAAAUCAGAUUUUAUAAAUGCAGUCAGUAUUAAACUCCACAAACAAGAUUCCUGUGUGAGACCUUAUUUUCUUCUUUAGAGCAAGCUUCAAGGAUGAGCCAGAUGAUAUUCUGUGUUUUACAUAUCGUCAACAAAAAUAAUCAAUCUGGUUUUAACAUACAUGUCUUAUGUUGAAAAACUCUUUGUUACUGGCUCACUUUGGUUUGGUUUUAAGAAUGUGUUGACAAUAAGUAAAGUAUAAAAUAGUCAUAACUAUUAAUUGAAUUCUAAUAAUAAAUAACCAGCCUUAUCUUUAAAAAUCAUGUGUCUUCCCGUAAAUGUGGCAUGUAUAUGAGAUUGUUAUUAAAGCACAAAGGGAUAUACCGUUUAUCCCCAAGGAAAAUGUUUUGUUGGAAAGGAAAACUAAGCUAAAAACAAUCCUAAAAAUGUUCUUACGUUUUACCACUAACCAAGGCAAUAUAAAACAACUACUUUUAUAAAGCUACUUAUAUCAUUUGUCAAUUCUCCAAAUAUCUAACUUUUAGCACAUUUUGUAGAAAAUGCACCUGUACAUGUAGGUUUAUUAAACAACUACUAGUAAGGGGUGUAAGCGCUGGAUUGUGCUUGUAUGCAUCAUUUGAACAAGGCCUUAAGUACAAACAUGGUUUCAAAUCUCAUAUGUUAUAAAAUCAUAUUGUUACAUUAUAAGUAACAUUUAAAUAUUCCUCAGAUUGUUUUCAGGAGACGUCCCAGAAAGUGGAUAAAGCUGUGGUUUACAUUUGCUUCUACAGUCUGCAUUCAUGCUUAACACUGACAGAAGUCCUCCCCCUGCGAGGAGAGAAUAUGCGCUGGAAAUGUUUUAUAGUAGUGGCACUACUUUAUCUUUAUUUAUACUCACCCAGCGAGGUGGAAUAAAGGAAUGUUAAAUGACAGGAACACUAUGAUGCGCUUCAAAGCAGCUUCAUACUCAUGUAAAGAAUAUAAUGAUGAGACAGUAUCACAUUAGAUCAUAUCUAAAACUCAAAGGGAUUUGGAUUAUUUAGACUCAUAAAAAGGGAAAUCUGGUCUAAACACGUUGUGUUAUUUAAGUCAGUGUUAACCACUAUCUCUCACCUGUUUCCCUGAUUAAAAUGGAUAUUUAAUAUAUUGUGACGAUUUAAUCAGUGCUUUAUAAAAAGAGCUGGCUUAUAUUUAAAACUGUCUCCGAUAAAUAAAAAAACUUCUGUCA